UUUCAUUUUCCUCUUUGACCGGCACACCUGCUGUAAGGGAAAGUUAGGACGGUUUAUAAUAAGAAAAAAAUAAUAUAAAAGUAUCGCUUUUCAUCAGCCGCAAAAAUUGAGAGGGGGCGAAAAUGACUGGCAGAGCACGAGCGAGAUCCAGAGGAAGAGCGCGCGGGCAGGAGACUGCAGCACCUGGAGCGAGUCAGGCCCAAGAGCCGGCAACAGCAGCUGCCCCUCCCCCAGAGGCAGGGGACCUGGGUGGUAGAGGGAGGCAGAAAGGUGCUCCAGGACCCUUCAGUGCAGAAGCUCUUCUACAGAUUUCAGCUGGAUUUCAGCAGGUGAAGCUUGGAGAAAGAGGUGGACGCCGCCGGGAUUUUCAUGAUGCAGGCGUUAACACUAGGCAGGCAAUGGAGCAUGUGAAGGAAUCCAAAUGCGGAGUAACUGGUAAUCCCAUUCAGCUGACCGCAAACUUCUUUCGCAUCCUGUCCCGCCCUCAGUGGGUUCUGUAUCAGUACCAUGUGGACUUCAAACCACAAAUGGAGUCGCGACGCCUGAGAUCUGCGCUCCUCUUCCAGCACGAGGAAACACUUGGCUCAGCACGGAGCUUCGAUGGAGCUCUGCUUUUUCUGCCGAACAGAUUGCACAGCAAGGAGACUGUGGUCUAUAGCGAGACCAGAAAUGGAGAGAAGGUUCAGAUAACAAUCACCCUGACGAAUGAACUGCCACCCUCUUCACCAGUGUGCAUUCAGUUUUACAAUAUCAUAUUCCGAAGGAUUUUGAGAAUUCUCAACAUGCAGCAGAUUGGACGCAACUACUACAGCCCCAGUGAUCCCCUUAACAUCCCACAGCACAAGUUGACCAUCUGGCCAGGGUACACCACCAACAUCUUGCAGUACGAGUCAUCUAUCAUGAUGUGCACUGACGUGAGCCACAAGGUGCUGCGCAGUGAGACGGUCCUCGACUUUAUGGUCAACUUGAGGCAGCAAUGUGGAAGUCAACGCUUCACUGAGAUCUGUGAGAAGGAGCUUAUCGGGCUCAUAAUCCUCACAAAAUACAACAACAAAACCUACCGGAUUGAUGGUAUUGCUUGGGAUCACACUCCCAGCAACACAUUCAAGAGGGGAGAUGCUGACAUUUCCUUUAAGAACUACUACAAGAGUCAAUAUGGCCUGGACAUCACUGAUGAAAACCAGGUGCUGCUGAUCAGCUAUGUGAAGAAGAUGGGUCCUGCUGGAGCGCCACCUCCUGGUCCAGCCAUGCUUAUCCCAGAGCUGUGCUACCUAACAGGCUUGACUGAUAAGAUGCGGGCUGAUUUCAGCAUCAUGAAGGACUUGAGUACCCACACCAGACUGACCCCAGAGCAGAGGGAGGGACGCCUCAACAGAUUUAUCACUAAUAUACAGAGGAACGCUGACGCGCAAGCCGAGUUGGAUAAGUGGGGACUCAGCUUUGAUAAGCAACUUCUAAAUCUGGCUGGCAGAGUCCUCCCUGUGGAGAGGAUUUACCAGGGGUCAAGAUCGUAUGACUACAACCCCUGGGCCGCUGACUGGGCCAAAGAGAUGCGUGGAUUAGCUGUGAUGAGCGCUCCUCCGUUGAACAACUGGCUCCUCUUUCACACCCGUCGUAACGGCAAUGAAGCCAGUUCUCUUCUACAGACCCUCAGCAGAGUCUCAGGCCCACUGGGAAUCGCCAUGGGAAAACCUAUCAUGAUACAGUAUGAAGAUCAUCAGGAGUCUCUCCUCGCAGCCCUGCGGCACAGUGUUGGACCCCAGAUAGAGAUGGUGGUGGUAGUCCUCCCCAACAACAGGAAGGAUAAGUAUGACAGCGUUAAGAAGUUCCUUUGUGUGGACUGCCCCACUCCCAGCCAGUGUGUGGUGGCCCGUACCCUCAGCCGACCUCAGGCACUCAUGACUGUAGCUACAAAGAUUGCACUGCAGAUGGCUUGCAAGAUGGGAGGGGAACUCUGGAGUGUGGAAAUCCCUCUCAAACAGCUGAUGAUCGUGGGCAUCGACUGCUACCAUGACACCGCUGCUGGGAAAAGGUCUAUUGGUGCUCUAGUGGCCAGUCUCAACCAAAGCAUGAGCAGGUGGUUCUCAAAGUGUGUGCUGCAGCACAAAGGUCAGGAGAUCAUGGAUGGGCUGAAGAAGACUUUGAGUGCUGCCCUGAAAGAGUAUUUGAGGUUCAAUGGCUGUCUCCCUUCACGCAUCAUCGUUUACCGAGACGGAGUGGGGGAUGGGCAGUUGCACAGUGUGGUGAACUAUGAGGUUCAGCAGAUCAUGGACUCCAUCAAGUCAAUGGGGCAAGACUACAACCCAAAGCUGAGUGUGGUGGUGGUGAAGAAGCGCAUAAGCAGCAGGUUUUUCGCCCACAUAAAUGGCAAGGUGUCCAAUCCUCCUCCUGGCACCAUCGUUGACUCAGAGGUCACCCGGCCAGAGUGGUAUGACUUCUAUAUUGUGAGCCAGGCUGUUCGCAGUGGGAGUGUCUCACCAACCCACUACAAUGUCGUGUAUGACACCAGUGGACUCAAGCCAGAUCACAUGCAGCGGCUCACCUACAAGCUCUGCCACAUGUACUACAACUGGCAGGGGAUCAUCAGAGUACCCGCUCCCUGCCAGUACGCCCACAAGUUGGCUUUCCUUGUGGGUCAGAGCAUCCACAAAGAGCCCAAUAUGAAACUGGAUGACCAGCUUUUCUACCUUUAAGGAUAAAAAGGCCCAGAAAUUUGCAUAGAAAAUCUUAUUUACUCAUUUUUGUUGUUUGAGGUUAGUUGUUGUUUCGGUGGCAAAUUGAAUCCAAUAGUUCGAUCAGUUAUACUUUGAGGAUCUGUUUGGGAAAAGUCUGUAUUUGUUGAGAAGCUAUAAUCUUUGGUUUUGUUAUAUUUUGUUAUAUUGCUGCAAAUGAUAACAAUAAAUCUGAGUUUGUAA